AAAAUAUUUGCGAUAAGUGACAGAUACGCAAGUAUCGUCCAUCCCUAUUGGAAACCUGUGACUGUGAUGAGCAGGGCUACAGCUCUACCUGGAGCACAAUAAACCAACAACAACGCAAUGGGUUUUCCGCGCAUUCUCAGCAAGAAUAACAAGAUCUACACAAAACUGGGUGAGUUCUGUCUCUCUGGGGAUAGCUUCUGGAUAGUCUGCCACACAUGCCAGGAGGAACUACAGACGCAAGAUCAGUUCUGGAAGCACAUACAGGACGAACAUAAUUUUCUCCACGGCGUUGCUAAGGAACAUAGUCGAACAUCCAGCUACUGCUUGACGGAUGUGGAGGCGGCAGCAGCAACUUCUGGCGCGACGACAUCCCAGGGCGCAGGUAGUGUGACUUCUGUGACCGUUCCCUUGGCCCUCUACCACUGCUCUACCAAGUACUCUGAGGACGACCAGCGGGAAAUUGACAUUCACGAAGCACACCAACAGCAACAGCAACUACAACAACAGCGGGAUGUGGCCAAGGAGCUGGCCGAGCUGCAUGCGAAUGCUGUAGCGGCCGCUGCUGCAGCCGCUGUCGCUGCGAAUGAAAGCAGUACUCGUAGCAGCAGCGGCAUAGACAUAAAGAUUGAACCUCCAUGCCUUACUCUGCCGCCGGAGAUGCAAGCAGCCGCAGCGGCGGCAACUGCCAAUGCCACCAUCUACCACUUGCCACAGUUGGUGGUACCACCGCCCGUGCCUGCGACGGGCUUCGUCGGCGCCAGUGUUAGCACAUCUACCACAGUCAGCACCACCCCGCCAAAUGUGACGGGCAGCCAUUCGGUCAUGCAGCAGCAACAGGCAGGUGUACUGACUGGUAGUGGCCUCUCCACGCUCAGCAUGUCAGUAGGACCUUCAACUGCGAUGGCAGCGGCCCUGCUAUCCACCCAAGAGCUACCCAAGGACUCGAACAGCACCACGGCCAGCGCUGGGAGCGCGGUCUCCUCGGACGACGGCGAGCGCUGGUACAUCUGCGACUAUGAGACAUGCGGUCUGAAGUUCAAAUACAAGUCACGCAUGGAACUGCACAGGGUGGUGCAUAGCAAGGAGCGCCGCUUCAAUUGCGAGCUAUGCAGUGCCUCCUUUAAGCAGUCAUGCAACUUGUCCACGCAUCGUAAGAAAAAGCACGCGCUUCGUGGUAUCAAGAGCGAAAUCCUUCCGCAGCGGUUCUAGACGUGGUACAUGCAUCCUUUCUCCCUGCACACACUUGUUUAAAACCCUGCAAAUAAUUUCAGGAUCAAUCCGACUAGAUGCUACUUUCUCGUUCCCCUUCCUGGUUUAAGUUAAAAUGCUAUACUACACUUAAAAAGCAAAUUAAAAAUACAUUUAUUUAAUUAAGGCUUAGGUCCCUGCUUACCGUUUAGCCAUUGUACAUGUAGUGUUAAUGUUCUGCGAGGUUAUGUUAACCCCCCGAUGAUCCGGCAGUUCUCACCAGCGUUUAAUUACGAUCUAGAUAUAUGUACAUACAUACAUAUAUGCAGUAUUUUAUAUAGUGGGCAAAAUAUUGCAGUUACAGUUACAGUUUAGUGUUUAAGCCCUAAGUUACAAAUAGGUAAUUCCACAAAACAAAACAACAAUUCCGUUUCGAGGCCGUUAGUCAGUUUUUUCGAUUAUUCGAUCUUGCAGUGGCAGUGCUGUAUAUGCGCGGCCAGUCGACUAGUCAGCAAUAUAAUAAGUUAAAUUCAAACCAUCGAAUUCAAAAGAAAAAUAUAUAACUUACUUUCAAAUCUGUUCAAAA